UUUAUGAAAAUGCACCCAUCUUUUGAAAAGUGGACUACUUUCUGCGGAAGGACUCAUGUCAUCAACACCCCCAAAAAUAGAUCCCAAUCAAAGAUGGCGGGCUGUGUCAAGAAUAUUUGUGGGGUAACCUGAGGUCUGAGUAAGUGAGAAAAUGGCCAUGGCAGCUAAACCUUUGAACAAGAACUUCAGCAGAAACGGCAUGCGAACCAACGGGGUGGUGAUACCGGACACUCUGGUCGCCCCUCGGACCAGUCAACCAGUCCCAAACCACCUUCUGGAUACCAAAAUCUACACGAAGGUGAACCAGAAUGUAUUCCUCCAGGCCAGACCAGCUGUUAUUCACUUUGCAGGCUUCGAGCUGAACAAAACACAGAAACAAAUCAUGAGGAUUGCCAACGUGUCCGGUGACAUCCAGAGGAUGCACAUCCUCCCCCCGGCCACCUCCUACUUCAGACUGAACUACACCAAGCCUGACCGUCUGGUCCCUGGGCUAACCAUGGACGUACAGGUGGACUUCACACCUGACGAGUGGAGGUACUACUACGACUGUAUCAGGAUCCACUGCAAGGAUGAUGAGAACCUGUUGAUCCCCAUCCAUGCCUACCCUGUGAUGAACACCGCAGACUUCCCCUCACAAGUCACCUUCCCACCAACACCCAUCGGACAGAUUCGAGUGAAGAAGAUCCCGCUGAAGUGUAACGCUCCCAUCGACUUCGAGUUCCAGAUCUCCUUCAUCCAGCCCCACCCAGCCUUCAAGGUCGAACCGCAAACAGGCACGGUCCCAGCCAAUGGGGAAGCUACCAUCACGGUGACCUUUGCACCCUCGGAGUUCAUCACCGCAAACAUGAAGAUCCAGGUCACCGUGUCACAGUUCAACUCCAAACCACUUCUGUGUAGCUUUGUGGGGACGUCACAACCUGGACUGUCAGCAAAGACCAUGAUGAACGGGCAUGGAGCAGACGACAGUGAUGACAUGAUCAAGAUGGGAGAACCGCUGGACCCACACUGCAUCUCUCCCAUCCACAUGGCACGCCGCAAGAAACGCAACAAGACACGGGAACGGACGCGAUCGGGAGGAGCCACCGCACCUCCGCCCCAGGACAUUGAGUAUGAAGGCCUGAGAUUUCCCCCCAACCUGAACACCCCGUAUGCUGUGUCCAGUGUGCUGAACCAGACCCCCGGCAAGCUUAGAACCAAGGACCUGAGAGAAGCCAUCACAUCUAAGAAGGACCUUGCGCCCAACACCAGACAGAUGAAGGAGGCUCUGUUUGAGUACCAGGUACAGCAGGACGUCAUGGCCGAGAGGAAAAACCAGCUCAGAUGGCAAGUCCACCCCGGCAAGGACCAGCUGACAGCAACAGAGAGGAUGGAGAUUCUGGCCAAUAGGGAGGAAGCUGUGAAAGAGUAUAGGUUUCAGAGAGGCGACCCUUUACCAGACAUAGAGUUUAACCGCGCCUGUACGGCUUGUUCCUUACGACGGACAUGGAGAGUCGCAGGAGAGUACCCUGAAGUGUCUCCCCAGUUUGACCUGUAUAAGAAUGACCCCUGGGCCAUGAGACACCAGGCACUAGGCAGGUUUGCACAGGCUGCUAGAAAGGUUAUCGUUAGGCAAAGAGUACAUAAAAAGUUAGGUUCGUUGAAGACGUUUAUUACGGACUGGCGGAAGGGAAAGUAUGCGGUGCCGGAGGUCACGGACGUGAAGUUCAAGGGCGAGGACGAUGAGAUAAAGAUUCCGCUGGGCAUGACAGCGCCGCAGGUGAAGGUGGAGUCUUUCCCGGCGUACGUUCCACCUGAUGUUAAGGACGACAUGGCCCCAGAUGCACUUGGUCCUGUUCCUGCCAAAAAUGAUGAUGUUUUUGUCAAGCGGAAAGUGCCAUACUUCAGUCUGAAGGUUCCUAAACAGUAUGACCUGAUGGGAUAUGGACAACACGGCGUACACGACGCGUCCAGAGGUUACGUAACGCCCAAACUGGCCAGGCCGCUCAGGACAGGAGCCGAGGACGAGAUCAUUGUGCUACCAGCGCCCCUAGUGGAAGAGGAGGAAACUGCAGGGGAGGGGGAUGUGGAGGUUGUGGAAGACAGGAUGUCCAGAAUAGAGCUGCGGGAGGAGACAGGGACGGCUGCAGGGCCCAGGACCAUGACUCUGGUGCCACCUGAAGCCUUGUUCCAUCCUCCUGACUACCACCCACUACAUAUCUUUAACCCGGCGCCAGGUCUGCAGGUGUUCAUGGCGCCCAUGCCGUAUGCGGAGACAGACCCAGACUUCCACCUGUGUCCGUUACCCAGGUACACAGUACCCAAGGACUCCCCGUACUGGACUCAGCACCUCGCAACACAGAAGAAGUUCUUAGACAGAGAGGAUGUGAUCAAAGGCAUCAUGUCAUGGAAGAAGUUCCCAUCCCAAGGCCUGAUGUCGCUGGCCAACACCCCAACUCUUACCAACGUCUGGGUACCCAGAUGGUCGGACCCCUUCAGUUCAGACAUUCUGCCAGACGACCCCCCUCCCCUACUCAACAGUCUCCCAGAAGAGGACAGACAGGCCAUCGAGGUUUCCAUACCUGAAGAGGAGGGUGCAGCUGGUCCAGAGUUAACACCAGAGAUGGUGAACGCUCAGUUCAGCACCAGUCUGGAACAGAUCCCAGAGGAACCUGCCAAACUGGAGGGGUCGGAGUUCCCCCAUGGAGGAAAACUUCCCCCUACAAACAACCCAGUAUCUGCUGCAGGACCCAUCACCAGAGAGCAGAGAGAGCAGGAGUUGGAGCUGUACCUCCAGCAGAGGUAUAACCGCCUGGGCUCCCGCGUGCAGGCCAAGGUGGACGACAUGGAACAUCACAUCACCAACAAGGACCUUCUGCUGAAGUAGAGAAGCUCCUCCUCCUGUACAACAACCCAAGACAAUCAACUUCCCAACUCACCACCCGACCACAACAUCUUCCCAAAGUCUUACGUCCCCCCCCCCAAACACACACCUGUUGUUAUUGUUGAGGAAUUGUAAAGCUCAAUGUAUAGAUAAACCUUAUUAUAAAUCAUAGAAAAUCUGUUAUAACUGGUAACAAUAUUUAGAACACUGGGACGACACAGAAAGUGCUAAUUUGGUCUGAAGUUUAGUAUGAAAAAAAACUAAAGUGUGUGUUUUCUAACAUAGAUUUGUAGGAAGCACCAAACUAUUUGUUGUCACAGUACAUAAGGCAUGUCAGGCCUGUCACAGACUGACAAUGAAUAAUAACCUGCUUUGUCACUUUUAAAAAAUUCAGCUUGUCUGAAAGAAAAUUGGUCAUUCUUAAAGAAGACCUCUACUGUCAGACAUGUAGACACAGUCAGGAGCUUAAAAGCUGUUUUUUUUUCCACAGGGUUGUUUCAUUGAAAGUCCUAUAUGAGAAUUCGUAUUGUCACUAUC